AUGGAUGAUGAAAAGCAAAUUGAAGAAGAAAAUACAAACUUUUUUCAACUUCCAAGCUUACCAAAUUACAGGAAAACGGGAGCUAGCUUGUCUUUCAUACCUUCUUUAAAACAAAAUCGAAUUUUACAUGAUACGAAGGUGAAACCAUUACUGAAUUUUGACGAUAAAGCAAUCUUACCCAAUGUGAAUGGCCAAAAGCUAGAGAUUGAUAUAUUAUCCGAAUCAAUAAGUUUAAAUAGAAUUUGUUUUAAGAUUUGCCGUUGGUUUUCGAUGUGGAAUAUAUGCCAGCAAAAAAUUUUCAUUUCUAGUUUGGUCGAAAAAUGUUCUGAAAAUGUCUUAGUACAACUCGAUUCAACCCUUGAACCAGUAUAUCAUCACGAUUUUAAAAUUCAAUUGACACAUAGACGAAGCAAGAGCAGUCCUAUACCAAAUACGAUUGCUAGUAGGAGUACUAGUGGUAAAUCGGAUAUCAACAGCUACAGUGAUGCUACAAUGAACUCAUCGGAGGCACAAAGUAGUGAAACACUAAGAAAUUCCUUACGAUCUUAUGAUUUUAGAAAUAGUGAUUACUGGACGAACGAAAAAUAUUCGUCGUCUCAACGGCCUGCACUGACAAUUACGAAACGUCUUAAAUCUACCAGCUUAAGAAAUACCACACAUCAAGAUGUUGCAACAAUAACGAAAAACUCUGAAAAUGAAUUUAAAGAUCAACUAAAACACGUCCUGAAAAGAAUCGAUCACUGGUCUGAGGGAAAAACCGAAGUACUUCUAAUGACAAUUGCUAAGGAAGCAACACCAUCAGUAUUACAAUACCUAGCUAAUUGCGUGAAUCAACGUUUGGAUCAUCGCCUUAAUAUAAACUGCCUAACAGAUAAAAUACUAUUAACUAUUUUCUCCAAUCUGGAUCCCCAAAGCAUUUGUCGUUGCGCUCAAACUUGCCAGCGAUGGAGGUAUCUUACUAAAGAUAAUUCAUUAUGGUAUUCUAAAUGCGAUGAAUUAACUGACGAAGUUGAGGCGCAAGACUUGAUGGAUGUUAUAGAAGAAUCUGCCAAAGAACAUGAUGUAAGCAUCGAUUGGAAACUGGCAUAUCAAGAAUUACUCAAUAUCGUUAACAAUAAUUUAACAAGCGAAUACUCCGCCAAUAUUUCCCGGGAAAGCUUAUUUACCGAGCACUACGGCAUCAAAUUUCUAGAGGAUAUUAACAAUACUAUUGAAAAGGAAUAUGCUAACUUACGCAUUUUCAUGGCCAAAUUUUUAACUGCUCUACUGAUAGAUAUACACCAUGAAGCUGAAUGUCAAACUAUAGCCGAUACUAGAACAGAAGAAGAUCCUUACUAUGACGAUGAUUCAAUAGAUUCUUUUCACAAUUUGAACCUUGGAACACUCGCAAAAGUUGUGCAUUUCACUUCAAAACUAGCAAAUGAAAGAAAUGCAGUCCGUUCAGGAAUUGUUAGGCCUUUAAAGCACGUUUUCCGGCUGCAAGGACAUCUUGAAGCGGUCAUGUGCCUACAAUUCGAUAAAUGUAAAAUUAUUUCGGGAUCCGCAGAUCGUACUUUAAGACUAUGGGAUAUUCGAAGUGGUAGACCCGUCAAAGGAGGAAUUAGAUGUCUUCAGUAUGAUGAUAAUAUCAUUGUUACUGGCUCAUGGGAUGCCACUGUUCGAGUAUGGGACAUCAUACAAUAUAAAACAUUAAACAUAUUGUAUAAGCAUCGAGAUUGUGUUUCCUGUCUGCAGUUUACUGAAGAGAAACUGAUUGAUAACUAUCAUUUUGAUCUAUCUAGUGUUACUGGUAGCUAUGAUAGCACUUUAUGUGUAUGGAAUAUGAAGAAUUGGGAAUGUAAAGGUGUUUUUAAGGGCCAUACCGAUUCAGUAAAUUGUCUUCACUUCGAUGGACGAAUGGUAUUGAGUGGCUCUACAGAUAAGACACUAUUAUACUGGAACUGUGAAACAUUAGAGUGCCUCCAUAGGUUUACAGGCCAUACUGAUGCAGUAUUGUCUUUAGAGGUUCGCAGUGGAUUAGCUGCAAGCGGUUCUGCUGAUGGUAAAAUUAUGUUUUGGAAUUUAAAGCAUAAAUUUCAUGAAGCAACGGUAGCUAUUCAUAAGAUUCCAGUGAGAUCAAUCCGGUUUAUGGGUUUAAGAUUCUUCGCAGGAUUAGAUGAUGGCAAUAUUAAAGAAUUUGAUCUAAGAACUGGCAUUUACAUUCGAACCCUUAGUGGUCAUUUUGGUCCCGUUCAGUGCUUACAGAUUCAAAAGAAAAGAAUGAUAUCAUCAUCAGAUGAUGGCUCAAUUCGGAUCUGGGAUAUGAAAGAAGCUCCCCUACAAGUUGGUAAUAAAUCCUAUCCACGUUUACUAAAUAAAAUAGUCCUACCUCCAAAUGUAAUUACUGAAGAAUUGAUGGAAUUACAAUUUAAUUAG